AUGUGGUUGCUCAGUACAGAUCGCGCCGAACUCCACUUCUUCGUCUCCCCAAAUCGCGUCAAUGGAGGAUAUGCCAUCCUCUCUCACGUAUGGGGCGAUAACGAGCAGUCGUUUCAAGACGUUCAGGCCAUUCGCAAAAGCGCUGAAGAGGACGGUCGAAAUCCCAGGGAUCUCGUGUCCGCUAAGAUUCGUGAGUGCUGUCUCCUCGCCGAGCGCCAUGGCUACAAGUGGGUGUGGAACGACACGUGCUGCAUCGACAAGAGUAGCAGCGCAGAGCUAUCCGAGGCGAUCAAUUCGAUGUUCCUCUGGUACUCUCAAGCCGAUAUUUGCUAUGCCUACCUUCAAGAUGUCCCAAGUGACGCGCCCGACCUAGACACCAAGUUCCGGGCAAGUCGUUGGUACACGCGUGGUUGGACCUUACAGGAGCUCAUCGCUCCCGAUCUCCUCAUCUUCGUGUCUGCGGACUGGGAGAUGAUUGGUGGCAGGGCAGAGCUAGCGUCGUCGGUGACAGAGAUAACGAAAAUUCCGGAGCAUGUCUUGCGGAAGGAGAUAAGCUUAGGCAGGAUCAGUGUUGCGCAACGGAUGUCAUGGGCAGCUAGGCGAGAAACGACGCGAAUGGAGGAUAGGGCGUACUCUCUCCUUGGGAUUUUUGGUAUCAGCUUACCAAUUCUGUAUGGGGAAGGGCCGCAGGCUUUCCAGCGGCUUCAGGAAGAGAUUAUGCGGACGUCAAUCGAUCCGUCUCUCUUUGCCUGGGGGCCUCAGUCACCCGAUACUCCCAAACUUGAUGGAUACUCCAAUCUCGCCAGGCCGACGGCAUGGCUCAUGGCAGGCUCCCCAUCCGACUUUGAGAACUGCGCCGCCAUCUUGGCGCUUCCGACCCGGAGAGACCACUCUAUUACUGCGGCGUAA